AUUAGAAAUCGUGUUGUUCCACAAUUCUCUGUCAGUCACGGUCAACCUUUCUUCGUCCUUACAUUAUGGCCGUAUAAUGAUGUCUGUUUAAGGACUAGACUUACGGCCAGCAGGGCAAAGGUAGAUAUGGCAAGCCCCAUAUCGUUUCGAGGCAUCAUAUUGGUGCUUAUCAUAAGUACAGCUUUAGCUGAAUUGAAUCAAGAUGUACAACUAAGUUCUCAACAGUCGGAAAAUGUCAAUUUACGACAAAAGCGCGACCUUGGGGACGAUGAAGAAUCUACUCCUGAAUCAGAUGCGGAUUCAAAUAACGAAGUAUUGGCAAAUACCGAUUCUCAUGCCGAUAAAGAAUCGACAAACGAAUCGAUGACCGAUUCCAAAAGCGACGAAGAAUCGACUAAAGAAGCAAAUUCCGGUUCCAUUGCCGAUGAAGAAUCGACUAAAGAAUCGAAAUCCGCUUCCACUGCCGAUGAAGAAUCGACUAAAGAAGCAAAUUCCGGUUUCAUUGUCGAUGAAGAAUCGAAUAAAGAAUCGAAAUCCGCUGGCACUGCCGAUGAAGAAUCGUCUCAAGAAUCGAAUUCCGGUUCCACUGCCGAUGAAGAAUCGACUAAAGAAUCGAAAUCCGCUUCCACUGCCGAUGAAGAAUCGACUAAAGAAUCGAAUUCCGGUUCCAUUCCCGAUGAAGAAUCGAAUAAAGAAUCAAAAUCAGGCUCCCAUAGCGAUGAUGAAGAAGACAAAGAGGAUGAAGGCAGUGGAUCAUCUGAAGCCGAAAUUCAGCCGGUUCAACAAGAGAGCGAUGAAGGUCCUAUCUCAAAACGCCAAAGCAUCGCAACAGCGAACAUCCUUAAAUGUUGCCCUGUGAACACCAAAUGUGGACCAAAUGUGCCUCCUUGUGCCGCAUAUGCUGCUGCUCCUGUCACUCAACAGCCACCCAAGGCUGUUACACCCAACAUUAAAGCAGACGAUAAGCAGUUGCAAACUGUUUCUACAAAGGUAGCAAAGCCCCAACCCAAAGGACAGAUAGCAUUUGGUGAGCAGUCAUACGACAAUUCAUACUCUAAUGAAUAUUCAGCUGGACAACAAUCGCCUAAUUCUUACUACGAACAGCAACCUUACUAUGGCAGUCAGUCUGUACAACAGUCUUACGCACCUCAGCAAGUGGACACUCAAUACACUCCCGAUUAUACAGAUGAAGUUGAGAAGCAAGCCGUAGAAGAAGAGAACACCCUUGACGCCGAGGCAGAGAAGAGUAUUCCACCAGCCUCUGCUCUACAGACAGAGGAACACAGCGAUAUCGAUGAUACCACUGACAACCUAGGCGAUCUAACAGACCCUAACAACCCUCUGUUUGGCAAAUACGACGUACCUUCUCCAACCAAGUCUUCUGUGUUCUGCCCACCUUGUCCAAAGCCUACCCGGUCAACUGCUUGCUCAGCUAGAAUUGAUCUUGCUUUUGUUAUUGAUGGUUCCUCGAGUGUUGAACGUUAUGGCGUCGGAAAUUUCCGCAGGACCAUCAACUUCAUACGCGACCUGACAACCUUAUUUGCCGUAUCAAAGACCAAUACAAGAAUAGCUGCAAUGGUUUAUGGCACUCGAGCAUAUCCAUUAUUUGAUUUCAAUGCUUAUACAAACAAUAAGAGAAUUUUCCACGCAUUUAAUCGGCCAGUUCGAUACCCAAGAACAGGAGCUCGUACCGGUAAUGCCUUAAAAGCUGCUUAUGACAGAUUCUUUAAAAGAAAUCGACGUACUGGAGCGCAGCGGGUCAUCGUGGUGCUUACUGACGGAAAAUCCAAAGAUAAUGGUCUGCCUCGUAUCGCAAGGUCUAUUAAAGCACGUGGUGUGAAGAUAUUUGCUGUUGGUCUUGGUCGUUAUUUUAACGCCAAGGAACUGGAUAGCUUUGUGUCACGAAAAAUCAAUGAACACGUUUUUACUUCUGAUUGGAAACAACUGAAACACAUCAGUAAUGAUUUGAAGAAACACAUUUGCUUAGGAGCUGGCGGUCACUUAGUAACCUCUAAACUACAGCCUUGCAUCUGUGGUAAAACAACACCUUCAACUCCUGCACCAGGUAAAACUACUACUCCGAAAAAAGGAAGCCCAGGUGGACCAGGUGGGCCAGGAGGUCCAGGUGGACCAGGGGGACCUGGUGGUCCAGGCGGUCCAGGCGGUCCAGGUGGGCCAGGAGGUCCAAAGAAAACGACAACGCCAAAGCCUGGUGUUACAACGAAACCAACCAAAAAACCAGGAUCACCAGGAGGUCCAGGAGGACCAGGUGGACCUGGAGGACCAGGUGGACCGGGAGGACCAGGUGGACCGGGAGGACCAGGUGGACCAGGGGGACCGGCAGGGCCAGGUGGACCAGGUGGACCAGGAGGCCCAACAACUGUACCUGGUAAGCCCACCCCAACUACUCGUCAACCUGGCAAACCGGGAGGRCCUGGUGGUCCUGGAGGACCAGGAGGUCCAGGAGGUCCAGGAGGUCCAGGAGGCCCAGGUGGCCCAGGAGGGCCAACCACUCCAAAACCAGGAAAGACAACCAAGCCAACCGCUAAGCCAACGAAAAAGCCUGGAACACCAGGUGGUCCAGGUGGUCCAGGUGGGCCUGGAGGACCAGGUGGACCAGGAGGCCCAGGAGGUCCCAGUGGACCUGGAGGACCAGGAGGUCCUGGUGGACCAACUACUCCCCUUCCAGGACGACCAACAAGACCAACAACCCCUACUAAGAAAAAGCCAGGUUCUCCAGGAGGGCCAGGAGGACCAAGUGGGCCUGGUGGUCCUGGUGGUCCAGGUGGUCCAGGAGGGCCUGGUGGACCCGGAGGACCAGGGGGUCCUGGUGGUCCAACAACACCAAAAUCAGGACGAACAACUACUCCAACAAAAAAAAAGCCAGGAACUCCAGGAGGACCAGGUGGACCAUCUGGACCUGGUGGUCCUGGAGGACCAGGUGGUCCAGGAGGACCAGGUGGGCCCGGAGGGCCAGGUGGACCAGGUGGCCCUGGAGGUCCAGGAGGGCCUGGUGGCCCAACUACUUCACCAAGCAGAGGACCACAAUUACCAACAACACCACCACGUUAUCAGCCAGGAAAACCAGGUGGGCCUGGAGGACCUGGAGGACCAGGAGGGCCAGGAGGGCCCUCUGGACCAGGAGGACCAGGAGGACCGGGUGGCCCAGGAGGACCAGCAGGACCAGGUGGGCCAGGUGGGCCUGGGGGACCAACAACUAAACGUCCGGGAAAGCCAGGAGGCCCAGGGGGACCAGGAGGACCAGGAGGUCCUGGUGGACCAGGUGGGCCUGGGGGACCAACAACUAAACGUCCGGGAAAGCCUGGAGGCCCAGGAGGACCAGGUGGACCAGGAGGACCUGGUGGACCAGGUGGUCCAGGAGGUCCAGGUGGACCAGGUGGUCCAACAACUCCAAAACCAGGAACAAAAACAACGCCUACAACUCCUACUCGAAGGCCAGGGAAACCUGGUGGUCCAGGUGGUCCUGGUGGUCCUGGUGGUCCUGGUGGACCAGGAGGCCCAGGAGGCCCAGGUGGACCAAAUGGAUUCCCCACUACAAAACCAGGAGAGAAGACUAAGCCAACAAAACGCCCAGGUAAACCAGGAGGGCCUGGAGGUCCAGGAGGUCCCGGAGGUCCAUCAGGACCCGGAGGUCCUGGUGGACCAGGGGGACCCGGAGGACCAGGAGGUCCAGGAGGUCCAGGUGGACCUGGUGGACCAGGAGGACCUACAGUUAGUCCUCCCGGCAAAACAACAAAACCAACAAAAAAGCCUCCAGGAACACCAGGUGGACCAGGUGGUCCUGGAGGGCCAGGAGGUCCAGGAGGACCUGGUGGACCAGGUGGGCCUGGUGGUCCUGGAGGACCAGGCGGCCCCACAACACCAAAGAAGGGUAAGACAACUAAACCAACUAAAAGGCCAGGAAGACCCGAAGGACCUGGUGGUCCUGGUGGGCCUGGAGGUCCUGGUGGACCAGGAGGCCCAGGAGGACCUGGUGGUCCUGGAGGACCAACAACACCAAAACCUGGAGUUACUACAACGCCUACAAAGCAAAAACCUGGUAGACCAGGAGGCCCUGGAGGACCCGGAGGACCAGGCGGUCCUGGUGGCCCAGGGGGACCAGGUGGCCCGGGAGGACCUGGGGGACCUGGUGGCCCAGGAGGUCCUGGAGGACCCGGAGGUCCAGGAAGCAAACCAAAAACUACCCCCACGACAAGAAGACCAGGAUCUCCUGGAGGACCAGGAGGACCAGGAGGACCAGGUGGACCGGGCGGGCCUGGUGGACCAGGUGGGCCUAGUGGACCUGGUGGACCAGGAGGACCAGCUGGACCAACAACACCUACAAAACGUCCUGGAUCCCCAGGUGGACCAGGAGGACCAGGCGGGCCAGGAGGACCUGGAGGACCCGGCGGACCAACAACAGCGCCUCCAGGUAAGCCAGGAGGACCUGGGGGACCUGGUGGUCCUGGAGGACCUGGAGGACCCGGAGGACCAGGAGGACCAACAACAGCAUCACCUGGAAAACCAGGAAGUCCAGGAAAGCCGGGAGGACCGGGAGGACCCGGAGGACCAGGUGGUCCAGGGGGACCUGGUGGCCCUGGUGGACCUGGUGGACCUGGUGGACCAACAACUCCAAAACCAGGAACGCCUGGAGGACCAACAACGGCACCAAAACCCGGUAAGCCAGGAGGACCAGGAGGACCUGGAGGUCCCGGAGGACCUGGAGGACCAGGAGGGCCAGGUGGUCCAGGGGGACCUGGAGGCCCUGGUGGCCCAGGAGGUCCAACAACCCCAAAGCCGGGAGUCACAACAACACCAACAAAGAAAAAGCCAGGUUCACCAGGUGGCCCGGGAGGGCCAGGUGGUCCUGGGGGGCCUGGAGGCCCCGGUGGGCCUGGGGGUCCAGGUGGCCCAGGUGGACCUACAACAACUAAACCAGGUGUUACCACAACUCCAACAAGGAAAGCUCCUGGUAGUCCAGGAGGUCCUGGAGGACCUGGUGGCCCUGGAGGUCCAGGGGGUCCAGGGGGCCCUGGAGGCCCUGGAGGUUCAGGAGGACCAACUACACCUAAACCAGGUGUUACCACAACUCCAACAAGGAAAGCUCCAGGUAAUCCAGGAGGUCCUGGAGGACCCGGUGGCCCUGGAGGUCCAGGAGGUCCAGGGGGUCCUGGAGGCCCUGGAGGUCCAGGAGGACCGACUACACCAAAGCGCGGACAGAAAACAACUCCAACAAGAAAAGCACCAGGCACUCCAGGUGGACCCGGUGGCCCAGGGGGUCCUGGUGGUCCAGGUGGACCAGGUGGUCCUGGAGGUCCAGGUGGACCGGGAGGACCAACUACACCGAAGCCAGGACAGAAAACCACGCCAACAAAAAAAGCUCCUGGAACUCCAGGGGGACCUGGGGGUCCUGGAGGUCCAGGUGGUCCCGGUGGCCCAGGAGGACCUGGAGGCCCAGGAGGCCCUGGGGGACCAACCACGCCUAAACGGGGAGCUACAACAACUCCAACAAAAAAACGUCCAGGAACACCCGGAGGACCAGGAGGCCCGGGAGGCCCGGGAGGCCCAGGAGGACCUGGUGGACCUGGAGGGCCAGGAGGGCCAGGUGGACCAACUACUAAACGCCCAGGUAAACCAGGAGGUCCCGGUGGUCCAGGUGGACCAGGCGGACCAGGCGGACCAGGAGGACCAGGUGGACCAACAACUAAACGACCAGGAACGCCAGGAGGGCCAGGAGGACCUGGUGGCCCUGGUGGUCCCGGAGGACCAGGWGGACCAGGUGGACCGGGAGGACCAGGUGGCCCUACAACUAAACGCCCAGGAAAACCAGGGGGACCAGGAGGGCCCGGCGGCCCUGGUGGUCCUGGAGGGCCAACCACUAAGCCACCUGGAACGCCUGGGGGACCGGGAGGACCCGGAGGACCUGGAGGUCCAGGAGGCCCAGGAGGCCCUGGUGGGCCAGGAGGACCAGGAGGACCAACAACGGCUCCCCCUGGUAAGCCAGGAGGACCAGGAGGACCUGGAGGUCCCGGAGGACCUGGUGGGCCAGGAGGGCCAGGAGGGCCAACAACUGCGCCUCCAGGCAAACCAGGUGGGCCAGGUGGGCCCGGUGGUCCCGGAGGUCCCGGAGGUCCAGGUGGACCAGGGGGACCAGGCGGACCCACUCAACCUUGCAAGCAUAAAACUACUCCUCGACCUGGUGGCCCUGGAGGUCCCACUAGCGGGCAUCCAUGUUACACAAUUCCGCCAGGCUACACGAUUGUCCGUAAGACUACUACUCCUAAGCCAAAUGUACCUGUUGGCCCGGGUGUUACAACUGCUUCUCCAACAAAACCCACUCGGCCUGCAAUUACUACUCCUUAUAACAAAGUUUGUAAGACAGCUAUGGAUUUGGCAUUUGUUGUCGAUGCAUCUAGUAGUGUUGGUGUACGCAACUUCCGUCGUGUCAAGAAGUUCCUUAAUAAGAUUGCCAAUUCUUUUAUUAUUGGACCUCGCAACGUCAGAAUAGGAGCUGUGGUGUUUUCGUCAAGACCUCAACUCGCUUUUGGCUUUAAUGCAGCUCUCACCAAACGUGCUGUAAAGAAAGCAAUUAGUCGCCGAAUAAGAUUCCUGAGAGGUGGAACAUUCCUUGGACGAGCUCUAAGACUGGCAAAGAACCGUUUGUUUGCAAGUUCAUCUCCAUCGAGAAAGAAGACUUUAAUCGUUGUCACAGACGGUAUAGCUAUCGAUAAUAUUCUAAAACCAAUACAACUUUUAGUUGCCAUGAAGGUCGAUGUCUUUGCUGUUGGAGUGGGCAAAGACUUUAGUAGACAGCAGCUGUUAACAAUAGCAAAAGACCCUCAACACGUCUACAACAGUCCUUUCAAAAAUCUUAAGGAGCUUGUCUCUCGUUUAAGCAAGAAGACCUGUUACGAGUCAAAUGGAGUAACAGAAUCGAAAACCAAGCCUACGAGACGACCACGAUUCCCCAAACCCGUUGGCAUCUAUCCAUUUACCAAGAAGAUUCAAGGAAAAGACAUUGGUCCAAUCCAGAACCCUACAGGAAGAUUAUAUGGUGUUAGGCCAGACCGAGGACCAAAUGGUAGACCUGGUGGAUCUACCAGAUUCCCCGGACGUCCAGGAAGCAAUGCUGUCUUACCUAAUAAGGGUGGUUUGGAUCCUCGUGACUCUAUUACCAUUAUUGCCUGGGUGAAGCCAUCGAAGCCUGGAACGAUUCUAGAAUAUAUUCCCCGUGGUGUGAAACUGAACAUGCUUACUCGCAAAAUUCUACGAGUUACCUUCAAACGACGUAACGGAAAGCCUGCCAAACCUGUUACCAGCCGGCAACGCGUCAAACCCGAUCAAUGGAACUACAUCGCUGCUACUUAUGACCAAAAAAGAAAUCAAGCCACCCUUUGGCUUAAUUCUCGCCCUAUCACUUCCAGGAAUAUUGGCUGGAUUAGACUAAAGACGAACACCAGGAAAAUACGCAUCGGCGGAAGAAGCUUCCGUGGUUCAAUCUCUUGCGUGCAGAUCUAUGGUCAAGCUUUGGAUGGAGAGCAAAUCAAGGCUGUCCAGGAUCUUUGUAUUGAACCAGGUGAACCUAAACCAACCAAGGCUCCAACACGCACCCCAAGACCUCGUCUACCUCCCCCUCUGGCGUUCUAUCCCCUAAAUAAGCGCGUUAAGGGACGCGACGUUAGUCCCAAGAAGAACCCACAAGCCAAAUUGGUGAACAUCAAGUACGAGCCUGGUGUCGAUAAUAACCCUGGUGGGUCAAUCAGAUUCCGAGGACGUCCGAAUAGUUAUGCCGAGUUCCCAAUCAAAAAAGGCAAACCAAAACGCCCCACAGAUGAAAUCACAAUACUUGCAUUUGUGUUUCCUGACGGCGGUGAAGGACCGAUCUUGACGAACUCUAAUCCACUUGGUGUCGGCAUUAAGUUAUUCAGUACAAAGAAAGGACUCUUCUCUCGAUUCACGUCACCAGCUAAGCCACGUACUAAGCCCGUCAAAACUCGCAAGCUGAGACAACGUACCUGGAAUUUUGUUGGUACAACGUACAAUAGACGUACUGGUAUUGCCAAGAUCUUCAUCAAUGCUAAAGAAGUUGCCAGGAAGAGAAUUGGUAGGCUGAAAGUUCCAAUUAAGAACUCGCUUCGUACUGGUGCGGUAAGACGAGAUCCUCGACGACUUCGAGGUAAAGUCACAUGUAUACAGAUAUAUCCAAAAGAGCUGACUGGAAUGCAGAUGCGAAUGGCAAAGAGGCUAUGCUUUAAAAAGAUUCGCCCAACCACGAAGCCAAGACCCGCAGGCCGUCCAACCAAGCCAAGCUCGGGCAAACCUUGUCUUGCUAACAUUGACGUUGGUUUCCUGGUUGAUGGAUCGGUCAGCAUUGAACGAAGACGCCCUGGAAAUUUUGCAAAGGUGAAACAUUUUGUGAAAAGAAUGGCUUCUGCCUUUGUGGUUAACCCUAAAGCAGCCAGAAUCGGUGCAGUAGUGUAUUCUUCUGGUGCCAGACCUGUCUUCGACUUUAACCGUUAUAAGGAUAUCAAUGGUGUUAAAAAAGCAAUCGACAGAAUGCCAUAUCCCGGUAAGAGUACCAAUACAGGAUUUGGUCUCAGGUAUGCACAUAGGUACCUCUUCCCAAGGACACCCAAAAGGCCCCGUAAGAGGGUACUGAUUGUCUUGACUGGUGGACGUUCAAUAGACGAUGUUCGUAUUGGUGCGUCUGGGUUAAAGACAACAGGUGUUGAGAUCAUUGUUGUUGGAGUUGGAUCUUCAAUUGACUAUCCUCAGCUUCUUCAGAUUGCUUCCUCGCGCAGCCACGUCGUCCGCACAGGAUUUUCUACUCUACCCAAUAUCAUUAAAGUAAUCAAGAGAAAGGCCUGCAGACGAGCACCAAGGCCCGUUGGACCUAUCAUUACUCCUCCCACCGGUCCAGUAGGCAAGCCUACAAGACCACGUCCACCGCGCCCUGUGGCUGUCUACCCACUCAGCGGUAUUACGGGAGGCCGUGACGUCACACCAUUCAGAAACCCCACUGGCCGUCUUGGUGAUGUUCGUACAGACUAUGGUCCGGAUGGUCUUCCGGCUGGUGCCACACGAUUCAAGGGAGCACCUAACAGUUACGUCGUCAUUCCAAACCGAAGACGUCUCGAUUUACGAGAUUCCAUUACUGUGCUGGCGUGGAUUAAGCCAUUCAGUCCUGGACCUAUAUUCCACUACAACCCUAAGGCGUGGGGUGUUCAUAUUUGGAUGGUCAGGCGUAAUACCUUGUUUGCUCGCUUUGUUCCUCGUUCAGGACGAUCAGUUAAGUUUGUCAUCAGUAACCGUAUUAAACCAGGAAAGUGGAACUAUAUUGGAGCUUCGUAUGACGAAAAGACAGGACGGGCAACUCUUUGGAAAGACGGAGUCCCAAUCGCCCAGAGAAGAAUUGGCAGAUUCAGACUCGCCACGAACUAUCCUAUCAUCAUGGGACGCAAACCAGGAGACAGACGACUAUUUUCUGGAAGUAUCUCGUGUGUACAGAUCUACAACAAGGCAUUGACUGGACAACAGAUUAAAGCAGUCAAGAAAAGAUGCUUCCGUAAAGCACCAAUAACAAAACCAACAGUACCAAGACCAGUCCCAGGAAGAUUAGUGGGUUUCUAUCCAUUAGACUCUAAUACUGGUGGACGAGAUAUUAGUCUUAACAAAGCACCCACGGCUAAGCUUAGUAACACAAGACCAGCCAAAGGACCUGACGGUACUAAACGAGGAGCUACAACUCUUUUGGGUGAACCAAACAGCUACAUCGAAAUACCAAAUGACGGCAAGCUUGAUGCAAAAGAUGCCAUUACUAUUUGUGCGUACAUCCAACAUGAUGGAAAUGCAGGACCUAUCGUCAACUUCAAGAGAGGACCCGCUUGGGGAGUGCAUUUCUGGAUGGCCAAACCCAAAGUGUUGUUUGCGCGUUUCGUUUCAAGAAAAGGAAAGAUGACAUCUCCUAUCUUCUCAAAGCCCAUCGUACCUCGUAGGGCGUGGGCAUUUGUAUGUACAUCCUAUGACAAGGACACGGGUAUUGCUAAACUGUGGCUGAACGGAAGUCCUAAAGUCGUAAAGAAAGUCGGUCGAUUCAGCCUUGCUACUAAGGAACCAAUUAGAAUUGGUGCAAAGAUCGGUGAUUCUAGGACGUUCCGUGGAAAGAUUGCUUGCGUGCAGAUUUAUAGUGCUGCUUUGUUCAAAAGACAAGUGAAAGAUGCAAUGAGAAGGUGCACCAAACGAGUCCCAGUUCCACCGACAACCAAACCACGUCCAACUAAAGCACCAGUCACUAAACCUAAAGGUCCACCUCGUCCUGUUAUCUUGUACCCAUUCGAUGGCAGUUUUACAAACCGUGAACUGCUCAACAGAAACCCUCCUGCCUUUAUGACUUUGGUAAGACCAGCUCCUGGUCCUGAUAAACGUCCAGGGGGCUCUUUCGAGCUUGAAGGACGCCCAGACAGCUACAUUAAGAUUCCUAACUUUGGUCGCCUUGAUGUCAUGCAUUCCAUCUCGAUUAUCAUGUGGGUGUACCCCAAGGGUCCAGGUCCGAUCCUCCAUUACGAUCCAAGUGGUGAAGGUGUUAAGAUCUGGUUUAUUAAGCCUAACAUCUUAAUGGUGCAGUAUGUCACACGAUCUCCUAGACGAUUAUUGCCAUACCUGGCAGGAAAGAUUACCAAAUGGAAAUGGAACUACAUUAGUACAACCUAUGACAAAAAGACUGGUAUAGCAGCUCUCUACAUCAAUAAAAAACUCGUUACCAAAAAGAAGAUCGGUAUUUUUGAUUUGGCUACCAAUUACCCCGUUGUGAUUGGUGCUAAGCCAGGCAAUAAAGARCGAUACCGCGGUAGAAUAUCUUGCCUGCAGAUUUUCGAUGUGGCUUUGACAGCUCGCCAGGUCUUUAACGCAAGAAGCAAGUGCUUUGGAUCCAGAGCACACCCAACAAUUAAAGCCUCGUCCAAACCAUGCCUGACAGAACCCAAACGUCUCAUCGCUGCGUACCCACUUAAUACCGAUACUCAAGGCAAGGAUAUUUCGAGUAACAACUUACCAGCACGUCUUGGUGACGUGGUACCAGCACGAGGACCAGAUGGCAUACCUGGAAGCUCUCUCUUCUUCAAGGGAAAACCAAACAGCUACGUCACAUUCCCCAAUAGAGGACCUCUUGAUACAAAAGAUGCCAUCACUAUGAUUGCUUGGAUUAAUCCAUACGGACAAUCAGGACCGAUCGCUAACUUCCAUCCUAAUGGCUGGGGAGUACACUGGUGGUAUAUUAGGCCUAAUAGAUUAUUUAUUAGGUUCAUCAAGAGGAAAGGCCGUCGAUCCACACCUCCUUUGGUAUACCGUCGCUUGAAACCUGGACGAUGGGCAUAUAUUGGUGCUUCCUACAGCAAGCGUACUGGAGUUGCAUCGUUGUAUGUGAACUCUCGUCGUGUAAAGAAAAAGUAUAUUGGAAGAUUCCGCCUUGCUACCAACUAUCCAAUCAGAAUGGGAGCUCGUAUCGGUGAUAAGAGAUACUUCAAGGGAAAACUCUCUUGUUUCCAAGUCUUUAACUAUGUUCUGAAACCAAGUGAAAUGGCAAAAAGAAAACGAUUUUGCUUCAGAAAAGGAGUUGGACCAACCCGAAGACCUCCCCCAUCGACGACACGUCUUCCCAAACCCGCUGCACUGUUCCCACUCAACCAAGGAACGCGCGGUAAGGAUCUGAAAAAACGAAACCCAUCAGCCAGACUCCGUAAUGUCCGCUACACGCGAGGUCCAUAUGGAAGGCCUGGUGGCUCCACUCGAUUCUUAGGAAAAGGAAACAGUUUUAUUCAAUUCCCUAACCGUGGUGGACUGGAUACUCAAGAUUCUAUUACCAUUCUUGCCUGGAUCUAUCCAGAAGGACGCCCUGGACCUAUCUUCAACUUCCAUCCCAAUGGAGAUGGUGUACAGCUGUGGGCAAGAGGACGACAAGGCAGAAUUCUCUCCGCUAUGUUCCCUAGACGAGUAGGAAGAAAAAAGACUCCUAUGACACAGAGACGUGUCCUUCAGCCAAGGAAAUGGCAAUUUAUAGGUGCUAAAUACGAUCCAAAAACAGGAUAUGCCUCUAUCUGGAAGAAUGGUCGACUUGUAGCAAGGCAGAGAGUGGGUCGGUUUAAGCUUGCUACCAACUAUCCUGCUCGCAUGGGAGCUCGUUUAGGCAACAAAAAGUACUUCAAGGGUAGAAUAUCAUGUCUGCAGGUCUAUAAAAAACCACUGACCAGAAGACAGAUCGUCGCAGCAAGACUUGCCUGCAGUGACUAUCGUCCGGCUCCUACUAAAAAACCAAUUGGCCGUCCAACUCGACGUCCUACCAGGGUUCGACCAAUCCGAGAGUCUCUCACACCGCUUGCAGUUUUCCCGUUCAAUUCUCGCACCCGUGGACGGGAUGUUGGAAGAAGGAGAAACAAACCUGCCAAAUUGGUUGGAGUUAGACCAGCUCCAGGUCCCGACGGCCGACGAAAGAGCUCGUACCAGUUCUUUGGAAAGUCAAAGAGUUAUAUCGAGAUUCCUAACAAUGGUGGAAUUGAUCCCGUUAAUUCCAUUUCUAUCUUGACGUGGGUGUAUACUCAGGGAAAACCAGGUCCAAUAGUGAACUUCCAUCCUUCAGGGUGGGGUGUCCAUAUUUGGAUGGUGUCACGUACAGCAGUGUUUGUUCGAUUCACCAGAAGAAGAGGACGUGUCCUGACAAGACCCUUGAUCUCUAAGAGAAUGGAACCAAAUAAAUGGAAGUUCAUCGCUGCUACAUACAACAGACAUACUCAAUACGCUGAGGUUUACAUCAAUGGCAGACGUGUGGCUAGGAAACGUAUUGGUAAGAUCCGUCUGGCUACCAAUUACCCAAUCCGACUGGGAUCUCGUAAAAAGGAUCCUAGGCGAUUUAAGGGCAGAAUUGCUUGUCUUCAAAUAUACAACAAGGCACUCAAUGCACGACAGAUCCGGGCCAGAAAGAACGUGUGCUUUGGACAAGGACGUUUACCCCGCCAAGUUUAUCCAAGUCCAGCUGGAAGAGUUUGCCGAGCACGAAUCGACAUUGCCAUCCUUAUGGAUAGUUCAGGAAGUAUCGAAUACUUUGGAAAAGGAAACUACGCACGCAUGCGCACCUUUGUUCAGCGUCUUAUCGCAUCGUUCGCUGUUGGUCGACGUCUCACUCACGUAUCAGUGUCGCUUUUCUCUAAUCGACCUCAAGUAUUAUUUGGACUUAGGCGUUACUACAGCAAAUACAGAAUGAUGAAAGCCGUUGGACGUGCACCUUACGUCAGAGGAGGAACAAAUACCGGUCGAGCUCUGAAUUUCAUUCGUAGGGUUGUGUUUAAAUUGAACGGGCGAAAACGAGGAGGAUCUCGACGAAAGGUACUUAUUGUAAUAACGGAUGGACGUUCAGAAGACAACGUUAAGGAACCAGCCAGAAAACUAAAAGCAGCCGGCGUUGGUAUCAUAAGUAUAGGUAUUGGCAAAAACUACUUGCAGCGUGAACUACAAACCAUGGCUACCAACCGACGAUUUGUUUUUACAUCUGCAUUCCGCUCCAUGCAAAGGAUUGCAACUAUGGUCAAACGAAGAGCAUGCUUCAAACCUAAGCCUGUCCGUCCGUCAGGAGGUCCCAGGCCCCACGGUCGAGUUUGUGGUCGACGUAUAGACCUUGCCUUUAUCGUAGACGGUUCUGGAAGCAUUGGAGCAAAGAAUUUCAGGCUUACCAUCAAUUUCAUCAGGCAUAUCGUCUCGUCUUUCCAGAUAUCUCCCUCAAAGACCAGAGUUGCCGUUUUGGUAUACAAUACACGUGCAUUCCGUGCCUUCAGCUUUGGACAAAAACCAACCUUGAGAUUAGUACUUUACAGUCUGAGCCGAAUUCCGUACAUCAAAGGAGGAACCAAGACUGGGCUAGCCAUCACUACUGCUCACAAGUUCUUCUUUAGAGGAAAAACUACUCGAUCUCGAGUAGCUAUUGUACUGACCGAUGGCAAAUCCUACGAUGAUGUAUCUAGGCCAUCGAGAAACCUUCGAAAAGCAGGCGUGAGAAUAAUCGCUGUUGGGACUGGGACCAAGUACAGCGUAACUCAGCUGAGACAAAUUGCUACUGGAAGAGCAAGUGUAUUUACCUCCAAUUUUAAAUCCAUGCUGAAUAUCGUUCGUCUUAUCAAACGCAAAGCUUGUUAUGGCAGACCAAUUCGCCCGAGCGGUAGACGCCCAAGACCUUAUUCCAGACGACCCGGAGGAAGACAUCCUUCACGGCCAAAACGGCCAAGGAGACCAAAACGAAAGUAUUAUAUCAAGAAGCGUGGUUGCUGGAGAGAAAACGUAAAGAGAAACUUUCCAAGGCUUCUUGGUGUUUUCUUUGGAAAAAACGCCAUACAACGAUGUAUGCGCGCGACACUUCGCAAAGGCUUCAAAAUUUUUGCAAUUUACAAUGGACGAUUCUGUCGAUCAGGUCGAAAAUCCCAUCAGAAAUACAGGAGAUAUGGACGAUCUAAGAACUGUGGUAUAAGAGGACGAGGUGGCAAAUGGGCAAACAGUGUGUACACCAUUCACAAAGGCCGUGGAGGACGACCUGGACGCAAACGACCUGGACGUAGACGACCUGGCCGUGGAGGACGACCUGGCCGUAGGAAACGACCAGGCAGAAAUAAUCGUCUGAGAGUAUUAUUACUUAAGCGCCUAAGACGCUUACGUAAAAAAAGACUUGCUCAAGCAAAACGAAUUUAUCGGAAACGUCUUCAACAGAUAAAACGCAAGCGAGAUCGUGCACGCAAGUUAUUGAGACAAAAAAGACGACGAAUUCAGACUCUACUUAAAAAGAAAAUGAAGCAACAAAGGUUGCGAUUUUUGAAUAAGCUGCGUCGCUUGAGAAGACUCAGAAGGAAAAAACGUACCAGAAAGAUCAGAGCUCUCAAGCGCAAGAGAAAUAGGCAAAAAAGACGAUUAAAAAAAUUGAAAAAAUCCUUCCUAAGACGCCUUAAAAGAGCAAAGAUAAGACGAUUGCGUUUGGCCCGACUCCGUAAGAAAGCCUUGCGAAAGCGGCUACGACAGCAAAAGAGAAGAAUAAGGAAAGCACGUUUAAGGCGAUUACGUCUAAUGAAAAUUAAAAGGCUUCGAAGUAAACGCGCUAUAGCACGUGCUCGGCGGCGUAAAGCAUUAAUUCAAAAGAGAUUACGACAAUUGCGUCAACUUUAUAUCAAACGAAGACGUGAGAAGCUACGCAAAUUCAAACAACGUAGGCGUAAGGAGCUGCGGCGUCAGCGAAAGCGACUUGCAAGAAUGAAACGCCGUUCAAGGAAAAUAAUAAAAGCCUUAAAGAAGAAAGGAAAAACACAAAAAUUGAAGCGAUAUCUUCGUUAUCUAAAGAAUCGUAAACUCGCCUUGAAACGACGCCAGCGUAGAGCAAGGCAACGGCUUCUGCGCAAACGGCGAAGACGAUUGAGACAACUGAGACGUCUUGCUCAGAGAAGACGAAGGCAAAUCAAACGUGGACGCCUGGCAAAACUGCGUGCUAUGAGAUUACGCAAUCUUCGAAAAAGUCGAGCCCGAGCUCGAGCCCGUAAACUUGCCGCAUUACGACGAAAAACAUUAGCAAAGGUGAAAAACAUGUACCUAAAACGCCGCCGUAGGUUAAUGAUUCAAGCAAAGCGUCUCCAUAGGAGAAGGGUUAUGAUGAGAAAACGAAGGCUUGCUCGCUUCAGGCGUAUUAGAAGAAGGCGUCGCCGACUAUUCCAACGUCUUCAAAAGAAGUUGAUGUUGAGAAAGAAAUUUAGGCGAUUAAAACGAUUGCUAAAAAGACGUAGGCGUCUUCAGAAACGUUUAGCACGUCGUCUUAAAUUACAGCGACUUAAGAUUCUAAAAGCAAGAAAGCUUCACCAACGCAAUCUGAGAAGACGCUUAAGAAAGCUAAAAAGAGUGUAUGCUCGACGAAGAAGACAAGUCAAACGAGCCCGUAAGUUCCAGUUACAAAAAAUGCGCGUUUUCCAUUUGCGUAAUAAGAGAGCACGUUUACUAGCCAAACUUCGCCAAAAGAAACUUCGCCGACUGCGCCAACUCGCCAGAAAACGAAAACGAGCAGCGCUGAUUAGAGCUAGACGACUACGCAAUCGAAAAAUGAAAUUGUUAUUACGAAGACGAGCAAAGUUAAGACGCCUUGCUCAUCGUCAGAGAAUGCUUCUUUUGCGCCGAACGAUGAAACUUAGGCGUCAGCGAAAAUUGCGUAGAUUAAAGCAAUUCCUACGAAGGCAGAGGGCUAAACAACGACGCCUUGCUCGUCUUCGGCGACUACAGAGACAGCGCCUUCGCAAAAUACUUCGACUUCGCAAGCUGAAAAGGAAGAGAUACUUGGCAGCGCUGAAGCGUCGUUUUCUGAAGCGAAAGCGUCAGAUACAAAGAGCUAAGCUGUACCGUCUAAAAAAAAUACGCCUUCGUCGUUUACGUAAAAGAGCUCGUAGCGCGAGAAACAAAAAGUUACAACGAUUACGACGAAAACGCCUGGCACAAGCCAGGGUCCUUUACAAUAGAAGACUUCGCCAAAAGCGUCAUCAACUAAGAAAAUCAAUUCGUAAACUCGACCGGCAGAAGAGAAGACAUCUUGCUCACAUUCGACGUCAAGAGCAAAGAUACAAUACCUACGUUAUGGCUCAAGAAAAGCGUUUUAUGAGAUAUCGCUGGUACUCUCACUUGAGAAAGUUGAGAUUUAGAAAAAAGGUACAAAUUCGGAAAUUUGCGCGUAUCCGUCACUCUUUUACUUCAAGAAUAACAAGAGCGAAAGCAUGGGUAAUAAAGCAGUUCAGACAUGGGAAGCGAAUACUAAGAAAGAAUCUACGUAAUCGUCAAAAAUGGAUCAACCGUGCUGGUUUUUUUCAGCUGAGCCGAAUGUCAUUCCUUGGAAAACACCUUCGUAACAAGAAGCAAUACAGACGAGAUCUACGCCGUAAGAAACUACGAAAGCGAAAGCUAAUGGAUCUACGAAAAUUGUUCUUGAUGCGAAAAAAGGCUGUAAUUCGUAAAGCAAAAAGGCAACUCAAACACAUGCAACGUUUAUAUGCGCGCCAGAAAAGUUUACAAAGGAAAAAGAUUAAUCGAAUAACGAAGAAGAUGAUGCGCCACAAUCUUAUCAAGGAGAAGAGAAAAUUUUUGCUAAAUCAAAGAAAGCUACAACGGCUACAUCGAUUCCGCUUCCAGAGGUUUAAGAGGCUGUUGAGACGAAACUUGAGGAAGAAGCUGAGUAUAAUGCACCACAGGGUACGUGUAUGGAAGAGACAGAUAUUAGCAUCCAAAACCUAUAAACUACGAAAUAUAAAGAUCAGACGUCUUAAAAUAGACAGAAAACGACUUCGUGCGCUUAUAGCUCAGCAUAGACGUGCUCAUAUGAAAGUGUUCCGUACACACAGACGAAUUGUUAAACAAAGAUUUAGAAUGAAAGGCAAAGGAAGACGUGGACGUGGCUUGACAAGGAGAGGCAAAGGAAGACGUGGACGUGGACGCUUGAGAAGGAGAGGCAAAGGAAGACGUGGACGUGGCUUUAGAAGGAGAGGUAAAGGAAGACGUGGACGUGGACGCUUUAGAAAGAGAGGUAAAGGGAGACGUGGACGUGGCUUGAGAAGGAAAGGCAAAGGGAGACGCGGACGUGGGCGUAGAUACGGAGGCAGACGCAGUGGCCGAAGAGGAAAGAAGAGAGGAGGUAUCCAGCACCAAGCGAAAGGAUCAAUGGACUUUAGCACAGCAGAUUAUUACUGGCCUUUCCAUCACGAACUACAUGGAGACAGCACCGACUCACGACAUGGGUUAGCUGCACAUCUGGAAGAUGGCGCCAAGAUAGAACAUAAUGUUGCCACAACAACGCAUAAAGGCAAACAUAAGGGAUGGAUAUCUCUUGGUGACUUCGCAGAUAAAUGCUUCAGCGAUCCUUCAAGAUGCCAAGGUAACGGAAUGACUGUCAUAACACGAAUCAAACUCGAUCAAGAAAGCAUCAACAGUAAACCUAGUGCGUACAUUAUGUCAACUGGAGGACAAACAACCAAGGCUCGUGGAUUUGCUCUUUUGAGACUGGCUAAGAAGUAUAUCUUGAUACUGAGUACCAAAGAUCGACAAUGGAAACUUGAAACUAAAGACAUACCAAAGGGAUGGUUUGAUCUUGCAUUCACUUGGGAAAACAAGAACCUUUUAAAGCUGUUUGUCAAUGGUAAAGCUGUAGCAAGUGCUAAAGGAACAAAGGUUUCACGACCAGACGAUUCUUAUACGACUUUCACUAUUGGCAAGCCAAAUAACUCACCCAUGGUACAACACAGGAUGCCUUUGUCCAUGGAGAAAUUCGCCCUCUGGGAAAGACCUUUAACUGAACAAGAGAUCAAGAACUUUGCUAGUGAAGAUACGAAUGCAGAAGAGGAUUCCAUUGACGAACAACAGUACUAGGCUAGAGUAAAGACCAAUAUCAGCAACUGACAUUAACCCAGAUAAAGAAGACAAGAAAAACAAGAAAACUUUCUCCCAUACGAUAUCCUACGGCAACUAACGUGCGUUAACCUGCCUUGCAAUACGUCUCGUAUUAAUAAUUUACUAGUAGCUUAGUUGUAGCUCUGGCAACUGUCACCAUGGUGACAUAAUACUUAAAAUGAAAACCAAUGGAGUACAUUUGUAGCAUUCACAUUAAAUACGCUGUUUCUUUAACCUUUCUGGUUACCAAUGACUGCGGAUUAAACAACUGUCUAUUCCACGACACCACCGUUUAAUACUAGCUGACGUCAUCUUGCCGUGUAAUGUACUAAAGUAUGUUAAUGGUACCCGAUGGAGUCUGUGGCGUUGUGGCAUUGGCUUUAGUAUUUUCAUGUUAGCCUCGCAUUCGAGAUAAUUUCAAGAAGGGUGCUAUAACAGUAGAUUUUAGUCACACAUGGUUUUAAACGAGUAGAAUAUUAUUGAUUUUAAACUCUCCGCGCUAAAUAUGUAACACGUAUCAUGAAAUAUAGAAUAAAGAUAGUGAACAGAAUAAGUCUUGUAUAGUCUUGUACCUUGCCUUGUCCUGAUGAAAUUAAAACUGCUCAAACUUAA